AAAAAAAGGUGUCCUGAGCUUUGCCCUUUUGUGUUCCCCUUGAAGCAAAACGUUCCUGUGGGUCUGACCCACGUGUUUAACUCACACCUUUGGUGCGGUGAGAGCUGCCGGGGUGUAUUUGUGCUGCUGAUGUGUGUGCUGAGAGCUCAGGCACAGCCACCUCACCUGUGAUGGUGCUUUUUGAAAGGAAAAGGAAGAUCUAGUCCUCUCCUGGGCUGUAUUUCUCCGUGGCUGUGAUUCAUCUCCACUUCCAGGUGAGGAACAAGGCUUGAGUUCACUGUUUUCUGCUCCAUGUCCUCACUGGGGAUAAAACAAGUUCCAUCCUCGUGGCCCACACCAAAUAACCCUGGGGAGAGGCAGGAGGAAAAAGAAUGUCCCUCCAGAUGGGACAGAGCUCCUGGCAAACCCCUCCCAGGGUGUCUCCCAGCUGUGCUGGGUCCCUUGAAAUGGGAAUGCCUGUGGUUGCUCUGCUGAGAUGAAGCAGCCAGAGAACCUUUUGCCUCAUCUUUUCAUGCUUGUUUUUUCUUGAGGUCAGGCAUGGGAGGAAGUUUUCUGCUGGAAGAAUUAAAAAAAAAAAAAAAAGAGAAGUGUUUGGUUGUUCAGCUCCGAUGUGUCCAGCACUGCAUGAUGGGAACAUCCCCUGCCAAAAGAAAAUAGCCUGGAAGACAAAGUCCUCCCCAAAGAGACAGUGAAACCUAAUCAAACUUCAUCAGUGUGGUCUUGCCCAGGAUGAACAGGACCAGAAUAUUAAACUGAAAAAGGAGCAGAAGGAAACCUAUUUUCACCAAUUUUCUCUGUGUUACAAAACAGAAGGAGAAGAGUCAAUUGAUUUUCCUGUGGCUGGUAAUGUUUAAAAUGAAGAGCCAGGGUGCAUGGAGUGGCAGGCUGGAAGUAAUGGGUCCCUGGAAUAUCAGUGCUGAUAUCCCCCUGCCCUCCUAAAAUAGUUGUUGGUUUAGAAAAGGGUACAAAUAAGUUUAAAAAAUGAAAGACUCUUGUUAGCAAGGCCACGUUUGGAGGAUGAAGAAAAAGCAAACUCCAGGAUUUGCUGUGGGGGUGGUGUGUUGCCUGGUGCCCCUGAUGUGCUGAAGGAAACUGCUGAUGUAAGAUGCAGCACUUUGGGGGUGAACUUGCUAAACACACUUCUAGGAGCCCCCAGGCUCCUGGGAAAAAAAAAGUCUGGGCUUCUCUGGUUCUUGUUGGGCUGCUGGCAUUCCUGUGCCCUCUCCAUUCCUGACAAGGGGCAGGGAGAGGGUGUACAGGGAACACAGGAGGAAUAACUAACACCUAGCAGGGAAAACAGGGAAAAUAAAAGGCACCCACCCAGAAAGUCAGAAAGGAAAAGCCAAGGUCAGGCUGUUUUCCCACGAUGGGUUGGAGCUCUGCCUGUCCUACCUGAGUCUUGCUGCAGGCUGGAAGAUCAGCUCUAACGUGGCUCUGCUGGUGGCAUCCUUCACCCCUCAGCUGCUAUUCCACCUCUCCCUCUCUCAUCUGACGUGGAUCUGAACUAAAUGAAAGUGGUUGAAUUCUUUUCCUGGGGUACAGAAAAUGAGGAACUUUGGUCAGCUCACCCCAGCUACUCCCACAGCCCAGAGCUAGUUGUGUAUCUUCUAUCAGCCCAGAUGCCAGGGGCAGGGAAAAUCCCUGUGGAAAUUGCAGGUUGUAGGAGUGAAAACAGUAAUAACACUCACACCAGUCCCCCAGUGAGACUCCCCACCAGCAGCCAGCCCUUCCAGAGCAGGUGGAAACAGGAACAGCAAGGAAAGCCUCCCUGGGAGAUCUGGAGACAGAACACUGGACUGGGUGAGUUUUUCCUUUUCCACCUGUAAAAGCAGAAGUCAGUUACAGAAAGUAAAGCAAGACCUGGAUGGCAGAGUAGCUCCAUUGAAAGUUCAGGGCACUUUGAGCCUAGCACUGCUUAAUGCUAAUCCUGUAACAGUAUAUAGAUGGGCUUUUUUUUUUUUUUUUCCUUUUACACAAAGGAGGAAGGGGCUCAGUUCUUCUGAGGGUUGGGUUUUCUUUCCCCUGAGCAGCACAGCAGCAAGCCCAGCUCCGGCUCGCUGGCAUUUCCAUCUGAAUCCACCUGAAGGGGGUGAGCUUUUGGGGAAGAAAGAGGCUCCUCUCCCUCUCCAGGCCAGAAUCUGAUCUCCAGAUUAGCUUGCUGGUUAUCAAUAGAGGCAACAGUUGUGAUUGCAACUCAACACUGCUCCAGCCCUGGAAGAGCAUUGACGGAAAGGGAGUUUUCAAUUGGGAGAGCAGGGGACUGAGCCAUCCUUUCAGUCCCCAGCAAGGAUUGGCACGGGAGGACCGGCAUGCAUUCUCCAUUGACAUAGGACUUCGCCCUGCUCCACCAAGAUUGGUCUAAAAUUUCAGACCUCAUCGCUCCUCUAGUCCACAAACAGGAUGAACAAACGAUCGUUUCUGGGAACCUGGGUGGCCCUUUUGGUGAUAACAGCCCGGCAGCGAGCUCACACCAUGGGCAGUCUGUAUCCAUUCUGGCAGAACGACACAAGAACACCCAAAGUUGAUGAUGGAAGCUCUCCCGAGAUCAGGAUCUCCGUCCCUUUCAUCUAUUUUGGAGUCCCCUACAGAAGCAUUUAUGUGAACAACAACGGGGUGAUCUCCUUCAACACGCUGGUCAGCCAGUUCACCCCCGAGGCCUUCCCGCUGGCCGACGGCCGCGCCUUCGUGGCGCCGUUCUGGGCCGACGUGCACAACGGCAUCCGGGGGGACGUCUACUACAGGGAGAGCACGGACCCCAGGCUGCUCAGGAGAGCCUCCAAGGACAUCCACAAGCACUUCAAGGACAUGGCCUCCUUCUCGGCCACCUGGGUCUUCAUCGUCACCUGGGAGGAGGUCACGUUCUACGGGGGGAGCAGCACGACGCCGGUGAACACUUUCCAAGCUGUCCUGAUCUCAGAUGGAGUGUCUUCCUUUGCCAUAUUUAACUACCACGAAAUCAGCUGGACCACGGGGACAGCCAGUGGAGGGGACCCCCUGACUGGUCUCGGCGGGGUGAUGGCCCAGGCUGGUUUCAAUGGAGGAAAUCUCACCAACUUCUUCAGCCUCCCCGGCUCCAGAACUCCAGACAUUGUGAAUAUUGAAGAGACAACCAACGUGAACGUCCCUGGACGCUGGGCUUUCAAAGUAGAUGGCAGAGAAAUAGACCCUGCCAAUGGCUGCAGCCUGAGAGGGCAGUUUCUCCGCCAAGGGGAGAUCUUUUGGGACAACGCCAACUGCAGCACCAAGUGCCGCUGCCUGGACUUCAGCAAUGAGAUCCUCUGCCAGGAGGUGGCUUGCGGCCCCUUUGAGGCGUGUGAGAGCAAGGCCAGGUUCUUCCAGUGCGUGCCGGUGGAGAGCAGCACCUGCGUGGUGUUCGGAGAUCCUCAUUACCACACCUUCGACGGCUUCCUCUUUCACUUCCAGGGUUCCUGCUCCUACCUCCUCGCCAGGCAGUGCUGGCCAGGCUCCCACCUGCCCUACUUCAACGUGGAGGCCAAGAAUGAGAACCGAGGCGGCUCCUCCGUCUCCUGGCUCAGGGAUAUUUUUGUGGAGGUCUACUCGCACAAGAUUGUUCUCCCCAAGGGUGGCUUUGGGAAGGCAAAGGUGGAUGACCUGGUGGUGUCCCUGCCCAUCUCUCUGGAACUGGGUGCAGUCAAAGUCUACCAAAGUGGCCUGUCCACCGCCCUGGAGACUGACUUUGGCCUGCUGGUGACCUUUGAUGGAGAACACUAUGCCUCUGUCUCCGUGCCGGGCUCGUACAUCAAUGCCACGUGCGGUCUGUGUGGGAAUUACAACAAAGACCCUGAGGACGAUAUCCUCCGCUCAGAUGGGAGGUUGGCCACGUCCGUGCCAGAGCUGGGAGAGAGCUGGCAAGUGCCACAUCCCGAGAGGAGAUGCUCCACGGGCUGCUUGGAAAACUGCAGCCUCUGCGACGCCGCCACCGAGUCCCUGUAUUUCACCCCCGAGUACUGCGGCUUCAUCAACAAGACUGGGGGCCCCCUCUGGGAGUGCAGCUCGGUCGUGGACCCCACUGCCUUCAUCCACAGCUGUGUCUAUGACCUCUGCAGUGCCCCUGUGCCGAGGGAUAAUGGCACUGGGCUGUGCCAGGCCAUCCAGGCAUAUGCCACGGUGUGCCAGUCCCUGGGCAUCUCGGUGGGAGAGUGGCGGACACAGACGGGGUGUGCGACGGCCGUGCAGUGCCCGGAGCUCAGCCACUACUCAGUGUGUGCCAGCAGCUGCCCUGCCACGUGCUCAGACCUCACAGCCCCGCUGGCCUGUGCCUCCCCCUGCACCGAGGGCUGCGAGUGCGACGAGGGCCACGUGCUGAGCCGGGACCGCUGCGUGCCCGCCCCACAAUGCGGCUGCGACGUGGACGGGCGGUACUACCCCGUCGGGGAGUCCUUCUGGGCGUCCACGGACUGCACGGUGCAGUGCCAGUGCGAGGAUGGAGGGGAGGCCAAGUGCUUCAACACCACCUGCCCCGAGGGAGAGAUCUGCACCAUCGAGGGCGGCCACCGCGGGUGCUUCCCCCAGCGGGAGACCGUGUGCUUGGUGGGGCAGAGCCAGGUGCUGCAGACAUUCGAUGGCAUCACCUUCCCCUACCCACUGGAACAGUCCUACACGCUGCUCAAAACCUGCCCGGAGAGGCCAGACUUCAUCGAGGUGGACAUCAGCCAGAAGAAGGUGGGAUCUGCUCCCAACGGGCCGCGCGUGGUGCGGGUCCAGGCAGCCGGUCAGGAGGUGAAGAUUGGAGGCACCCGCCUGUCAGACAUUAAGGUGAACGGUUAUGACGUGGAGCUGCCCUAUUUCCACCCCUCUGGACGCCUGGAAAUCUACCGUGGUGACAAUGGCACCGUGCUGGAGUCAGAGGGGCUCCUGGCCAUCAGCUACUACGGCUCAGGGCUCCUGGAGAUCCACCUCUCCACCUCCUACUUCAACUGCACCGGGGGCCUCUGCGGCCUCUUCAACGGCAACGCCAGCGAUGAGUUCAACCUGCCCACGGGCAAAUUCACGGACAACCUGGAGCUCUUCCUGGAGAGCUGGACCACCUUCGACGAGAUCUGCAACGGGGAGUGCGGGGACCUCCUCAUGGCCUGCAACAACGACUCGGAGCUGCUCAAGUCCUACCGGAGCCGCUCCAACUGCGGCAUCAUCAACGACCCCACCAACAGCUCCUUCCUGGAGUGCCACAGCGUGGUCAACGUCUCAGCCUACUACAGGACGUGCCUCUUCCGCCUCUGCCAGAGCGGGGGCAAUGUGUCAGAGCUGUGUGACUCGGUGGCGCGCUACGCCAGUGCCUGCAAGAACGCCGACGUGGACAUCGGCCAGUGGAGGAGCCACAGCUUCUGCCCUCUGGCCUGCCCGGAGAACAGCCACUUUGAGGAGUGCAUGAGCUGCGUGGAGACCUGUGAGAGCCUGGCCUCGGGCCCCGUGUGCACAGACACCUGCACCGAGGGCUGCCAGUGCGACGAGGGCUUCGCCCUGCGCGGCGCCCGCUGCAUCCCGCGCGGGGAGUGCGGCUGCAGCUUCGAGGGGCGGCAGCUGGCCACCAACCAGACCUUCUGGAUGGACAUCUCCUGCCACUUCCUCUGCUACUGCAACGGCUCCGACAACAGCGUGUACUGCGAGAAUGUCUCCUGCAAGGACGACGAGUACUGCCUGGAGGAGAACGGCCUCUACUACUGCCACGCCCGCACCGACGCCUCCUGCAUCAUCUCCGGCUACGGCCACUACCUGACUUUUGACGGCUACUCCUUCGACUUCCAGAGCAGCUGUGAGUUGAUCCUGUGCACCACGAUCUCCAGGCCCAGGGUGGAGCGCUCGGACACGUUCCCAGCGUUCACUGUCACGGCCAAGAAUGAGGACCGGGACACCUCUCUGGCCCUGUGGGUGAAACAAGUGGAAGUGGAGGUCUUUAACUACAACAUCGUCAUCCACCGUGCCUACAAAUACACCGUGCUGAUCAAUGAUGAGCGUCUCUACCUGCCCCUGAAGCUGGGCCAGGGCAAAGUGAACAUCUUUGCCUUCGGCUUCCACAUCGUGGUCGAGACCGACUUCGGGCUGAAGGUGGUGUACGACUGGAAGACCUUCCUCUCCGUCACCAUCCCACGGGGCUUCCAGAACCUCACCUACGGCCUCUGUGGCCGCUACAACGGCAACCCCGAGGACGACCUGGUGGCCUCGGGUGGCACAAUGGCCACCAGCAUCGCCGACUUUGUCCAGAGCUGGGCCAAGAGGGACACGUUCUGCCGCGUGGGCUGCGGCGACCGCUGCCCGGCCUGCGGGAAGGUGGAAGGCUUCUGGAAGCCCCAGCAGCUCUGCAGCCUCAUCCCGAGCCAGAGCGGGGUCUUUGCCAAGUGCCACAGCAAGAUCAACCCCGGCUUCUUCUACAAGAACUGCCUGUUUGACACCUGUGUGGAUGGGGGAGCCAUGCAGACAGCCUGCAGCUGGCUGCAGAACUACGCCAGCACGUGCCAAACACAGGGGAUUGCCAUUACUGGCUGGAGGAACUUCACCUCGUGCUCUGUCAGCUGUCCCCCCAACAGCCACUACGAGAGCUGUGUGUCCCUGUGCCAGCCCCGCUGUGCCGCCAUCCGGCUCAAGAGCGACUGCAGCCACUACUGUGUGGAGGGGUGUCAGUGUGACCCCGGGUACGUCCUCAAUGGCAAGAGCUGCAUCCUGCCCCACAACUGUGGCUGCUACUCCGAUGGCAAGUACUAUGAGCCCAAGCAGCUCUUCUGGAACGGGGACUGCACCCGCCGGUGCCGCUGCUUCCGGCGCAACCUGAUCCAGUGCGACCCUCGGCACUGCAAGUCGGACGAGGAGUGUGCCCUGCGCAACGGCGUCCGCGGCUGCUUCAGCACCCGCAGCUCCUUCUGCCUGGCGGCGGGAGGGGGCGUGUUCCGCACCUUCGACGGCGCCUUCCUCCGCUUCCCCGCCAACUGCGCCUUCGUCCUCUCCACCAUCUGCCAGAAGCUGCCCGACUUCUCCUUCCAGCUCAUCAUCAACUUCGACAAGUGGUCCUCGCCCAACCUCACCAUCAUCUCCCCCGUGUACUUCUACAUCAACGAGGAGCAGAUCCUCAUCAGUGACAGGAACACUGUCAAGGUGAACGGCAGCCAGGUGAGCAUCCCCUUCGUCACGGGGCUUUCCACCAAGAUCUUCAGCCAGGAGGGCUUCCUGGUCAUCGACUCCAGCCCGGACAUCCAGAUCCGCUACAACGGCUUCAACGUCAUCAAGAUCACCAUCGGGGAGCGGCUGCAGAACAAGGUGUGCGGCCUCUGCGGCAACUUCAACGGCGACCGGACGGACGACUACGCGACGCUGCGGGGGAAGCCGGCGGUCAGCAGCGUGGUGCUGGCCCAGAGCUGGAAAACCAACGGCAUGCAGAAGAGCUGCAACGAGCUGCAGUACUCGCAAUACGCCGCUUCCUGCGACAACGUCCAGAUCCAGGAGCUGCAGAGCGACAGCUACUGCCUGAAGCUGACGGACAUGAAGGGCUUCUUCCAGCCCUGCUACGGCCUCCUGGACCCGCUGCCCUUUUAUGAGUCCUGCUUUCUGGACGGCUGCUACAACCACAAGAAGGUCCAGCUGUGCGGCUCGCUGGCCGCCUACGGGGAGGCCUGCCGCACCUUCGGCAUCCUGGGCACCGAGUGGAUCGAGAAGGAGAAUUGCUCAGGAGUGGUGGAAGAUCCCUGCGUGGGCGCCGACUGCCCCAACCGCACGUGCGAGCUGGACAACGGCGGGGAGCUGUGCGGCUGCAUCGAGCCCCCGCCCUAUGGGAACACCACCCACGACAUCAUUGAUGCGGAGGUGACCUGCAAAGCCGCCCAAAUGGAGGUGUCCAUUUCCAAGUGCAAACUGUUCCAGCUGGGCUUUGAGCGUGAGGGUGUGAGGGUCAACGACCGCCACUGCCCCGGCAUCGAAGGGGAGGACUUCAUCUCCUUCCAGAUCAACAACACCAAGGGCAACUGUGGCAACCUGGUGCAGUCCAACAGCACACACAUAGUGUACAAGAACACGGUGUGGAUCGAGAGUGCAAACAACACAGGCAACAUCAUCACCCGGGACCGGACCAUCAACGUGGAGUUCUCCUGUGCCUAUGAGCUGGACAUCAAGAUCUCCCUGGAUUCAGUUGUGAGGCCGAUGCUCAGUGUGAUUAACCUGACGGUGCCGACGCAGGAGGGGAGCUUCACCACCAAGAUGGCCCUGUACAAGAACUCGUCCUACAAGCACCCUUACCGGCAGGGCGAGGUGGUGCUCACCACCCGGGACGUGCUCUACGUGGGGGUCUUUGUGGUCGGGGCCGACUCCAACCACUUGAUCCUGAUGCUGAACAAGUGCUACGCGACCCCCUCGCGGGACAGCAACGACAAGCUGCGCUACUUCAUCAUCGAGGGAGGGUGCCAAAACAUAAAGGACAACACCAUUGGCAUCGAGGAGAACGGGGUGUCCUUGACGUGUCGCUUCCAUGUCACCGUGUUCAAGUUCAUUGGGGACUACGACGAGGUUCACCUGCACUGCGCCGUCUCGCUCUGUGACUCGGAGAAAUACUCCUGCAAAAUAAACUGCCCCCAGCACACGAGGAUGGCCAACGCGUUCGCCGAGGAGUCCAAGGAGCAGAUCCUCUCAGUGGGACCUAUCAGGAGGAAGCGGUCGGACUGGUGCGAGGACAACGGGGGCUGUGAGCAGAUCUGCACGAGCCGGGCGGACGGACCCCUGUGCAGCUGCGUGACAGGGACACUGCAAGGGGACGGCAAGAGCUGCAGGGCCUCCAGCUCUUCAGGGGAGCACCGUGCCCAAGUGACCCCUCUGGUGGUGGCCCAGCUGUGGCUGUGGCUGCGCGUGGCUCUGCGGGACCUGACCUCGUAGGUUCGGCUCUGCCGCCCCGCCAAAAACUGUUCUCGCGUCAGCCUGAGUCUUUGUAGGGUAGGAGACAGCCCCCCCCACAGUGGCCACGCUGCCUCCAACCCUCUGCUGUGAGGAGAGAAGAGGGAUGUGACCCGGAGAGAGCUCGGACGUGAAGGUGGCACGUGGCGGGCGCAGCGGCAGCAACGGCAAGACAGAGCUGGAUGUCUGCCCGUGGGACUGUGCUUUGGGGGUUUUUUUACAGGUUUCUAUCAUUGAUGUGGACUCAAGGAGGGGUUUUUGCAACUUUUCCCCAGGCUUUCCCUUACAGCUGCACUGUAGGUGGCCCUCACCGCUGUCAGUAGCGUGGGACAGGCCGGAGCGUGUGUCCCUUUGCACGGACAGCUGUGGGUCUCCACAGUCCUUGGGAGCUGCCAUCAGGGUUUUGGGAGCUCAUGGACUCAGCCAGAGGUAGGUGUUGGGGCACAGGUUGUGGGCCAGAGCAGUGCAUUGUCACCACUGGAUGUAGUGACACCUUGGGACCGUGUCACCCUCUGGCUCUCCGGUGCUGAGGUGUGUGCUGGAGAGCCCAACUCAUCCCCAGGGCUCUGGAAGUCUUGGUUUUGUGCUGCAGUGCUGACAAGUCAGUCUCAAUAUUUGGAAAGAGGUGCUUUCUGGUGGGCAGGGACAAGAGCCAGGGAAAUGGGGGGUGGAAUUCCCUGCUGUGUUUUUGUGAUGGGCCGCGGCAGAGUUGUUUGAGGGUCGGAGCAGGGUUGGGGUCUGCUUGCACAGGGCAGCAGCAUUGGGGUGCCUGGUGGAGCAGCCUUGGGGUGCUGGUGGGUGUGGGGGGGCUGUGUUGGUGUCUUGUCUUGUGUUUGUACUCUGUGAAACGGCUGCGUGGGAAUAAAAAGUGUUGUAAUCCUUGGUAAGCGCCGUGGUCCCGUGUGGUGGUGGCCAGGACCGGGAGAGGCAGCUGGGCCUGGAAGGGCUCUGGGGAUGG